AUGGCCUGUGGUCUGGUCGCCAGCAACCUGAAUCUCAAACCCGGGGAGUGUCUCCGAGUGCGGGGCGAGGUGGCCCCCGACGCCAAGAGCUUCGUGCUGAACCUGGGCAAAGACACCAACAACCUGUGCCUGCACUUCAACCCCCGCUUCGACGCCCAUGGGGACAUCAACACCAUCGUGUGUAACAGCAAGGAUGGUGGGGCCUGGGGUGCUGAGCAGCGGGAGACGACUUUCCCCUUCCUGCCUGGCAGUGUCUCCGAGGUGUGCAUCUCCUUCGACCAGACGGACCUGAGCAUCAAGCUGCCAGAUGGCUACACAUUCAAGUUCCCCAACCGCCUCAACCUGGAGGCCAUCAACUUCCUGGAGGCAGACGGCAAUUUCAAGAUCAAGUGUGUGGCCUUUGAUUGAAGUCAGCUGUAUGCCCUUGGACCCGGUCCUCAAUAAAGGCAGCCGCCUCUCUUCCCAUCUGAA